AUGUCGCUGGAUCAAUUCUCCACGUGCUCGUCUAUCCCGCCCUACCACAUGUCGCCCGCGCCUUCCUUCACCUCUGAUCAGCCUGUGGCGGACUUAGCGGGAACAGGCCUCGUUACAAGCAGACUCGGUAUAACGAGCAAGGCGCUGUUUUCCAGCCCCGGGGAAAAGCCAUCAGGGGGGCAGUCGGCGGGCCUGGCGGAGCGGGAAGCAGGGGGGAGCAGGUUCGGCGGGGCAGGCGCAACCUACCCUGCUGCGCCCACCGUUCAGACGCUCGUCGUGGUUCGGCACGCCGAGCCUAUUGACGAGCAGGACGACGGCUGGGCAGCAGGCUCGGACCGACCCUGGGACCCGCCGCUGUCCGCGCGAGGCGCCAAGGCGGCGGAGGAGGUCGGGCAGGCACUCAGGGCGCGGGGCUUUGGCGCGGCGAGGGGUGGCGGGGGGAAGGCGGUCGACGAGGGGAAAGCACCGGCGGAAGGGCAGCAGGAAGGGGAGGGGGAGAACGAAAGGGAGGGCAAGAAAGAGGGCGCUGUGAUGCGCGUGGUGGUGUCGCCGUUUCGCCGCUGCGUGCAGACGGCCGUUCACCUAGUGGCGGGGCUGCUGAGCUCACGCACGGGGGUAGGGGCGGAGGGGGAAAAGGGGGAGGCGGGCAGCGCAGGCGAGGGGGCGGUGGCGUCGGAGGGAUUGCAAAGGGCGGAGGGACAGGCCCAAUUGGAAGCUUCGCUUUCGGGUGUCACUGUCACGGUGAGGCGCCUAACCAUCUCCCUCCUGCAUUCCUUCCCCCGUCCCCGUACACCCCCCCUCCCCCCCUCUGCUCCUCCUCUCCAUCCCCCGUCACCUCAUCUCUCUCUUUCCCUUCUCUGUCCUCCCUUCCCCCUCGUUCCCUUCUCUGUCAUCCCAUCCCUCUCUCCUCGCAUCCCUCUCUAUCCCGUCUCUCGCUGCUCCUCCUCGUUCUCCUCUCUGUCCCCUAGCUCCCCAACUCUCACCACUCCCCGUCCUCCGUCCCAGCUCCCCUAUUCUUGCCGAGCCCUCACUCGUGUUUCCGCUUUUUCCUCCCUGGGCCCCUACUCAUGCCUUUCUCCUUUCCUUCUUCCGCCAACCCCGCCGCCCCUUUUCCCCCGCUUCCGCCCACAGGUGUCAUUCACCCCCGCCCUGGCUGAGGUGAUGAACACACGAGCCCUGAGGCGCUGCACGGAGGAGCGCCCACCAGCGGCGUCCAUCCCACACAGCAGCGUGGCGGAGCAUGCAGGGCUGGCGGCAGCAGUGGAGGCAGCAGCAGCAGAGGCGCGCAGCAAGGGUUGGGUUCUGGGGGAGGGCGACCUGAAGGCGCUCUUUCCCCCCGGCACCACCUUCUUGCCGCUCCCUGCGUUCUCUAGUGCUGGUGGCGCUACUGCUGCCCCUGGAGAGGGGAGGGCAGGCAGGAGUGUGCAUUCUGAGGGCAUUCCGGAGAGCAUCGGCGCGCUGAAGGAGUUGAGCCGCCUGCACCUGCUCAACAUCUCGUGCGCGCUGCCCAACGUGGGGGAGGAGUGGCGCAAGCUGGAGGAGGUGCACCUGGAGGAAGUCAGCGCGGACCACCUUCUGCCCAUCUCCCUCGUGUCUCUCGCGCUCCUCACCAUCCACCGGUACCGCUUCCUCCGUGCCCUCCCCGAUGACAUCGACACGUCGUCAGCCCUUCGCGAGCUCGAAAUCCGCGCACGAGAUGUUGAGCAGGUGCAGGCGGCGAAACUCCUUCAGCGCGCCGAUGCUCUCCGGAAUGCCCUCCAGAUGCGAGUGCUUGCCCACACCGCUUUCCCCAUCUUCCCGGAAUCGCUCGAGAGUGCACGGGAGCGUUUCAUGCAGGCCUUUGAUGACGUGGCAGCGCUCUUCCCCAGCGACAACAUCCUCUGCGUGACACAUGGCGACGCCGUAGCGGCCAGCGUGGAACGCUUAGCGCCCGUCACCGUCGUCGCUGUCGAUUUCUGCGGCUACUCCUGGUCGCAGCGCCGUGCUGCACCGCUCUACACCCAUCCCAGCCGCCUCCACCAUGAUUCUCACCACUCGCACCACCAUGCCUCCCUGCCGCCACUGCCCCCGCCCCCGCCCCCGCCCCCCACUCCUGCGAACGAGCCUGAGAGUCUUGAUGGUGAGGAGGCAGGGGUGGGGGGAUCCAGACAAACUGUGUCAGCCAGUUUUGCCGCAGCUGUAGUAGCAGCAGGUUCGGAGACCGAGGCUGCUGCUGUGGCGGCGGCGGCUGUAGCGGCUGUAGCAGGGCUACAGAUUAGCAGACGAGGUGGGCUGGGUGGUGUGGUGGAAGAGGGGGAAGAGGAGGUGGAAGGGGAGGAAGGUGGGGACGGUUCGGACGGCAGGAGUGGGGGAAAGCAGGGGGCGUUGAGUGACAGUGUGGUGAUUGUAGGGGGGUCGACGGCUUCUGAUAUAAGCACGCACGAGAGUGAGGACGACGAUAAGGACACAGUAAACAGCAGCAUUGACGUGGGGCCUUCGCUCUCCGAGGUGGCUGAAGGGGAUGAGGAGGGGGAGGAGAGGGGGGGCGGGGGAGGAGGGAGAGGAGGUGGGGAGUGA